GGGAAAUUCCCCGGCUAGGGCGGGAGCGGGCGCUGCGGUCAGCUGAGCGGCGCCUGGCGGGUCGCGAGGCCGCGCGUCACCGUCCAGCUGCCCGGUCGCCGCCCCCUGGCCGGUCCCUGGCGGGCGUCGGCAUCCAGAGCUUUGGGACAAGAUGCCAACGAAGCAGUGACCUGAGAGGAGCGGAUCUCUGUGGCCGGACCUGUUACCAUGUCCCAUCAACCUCUGAGCUGCCUGACUGAGAAGGGGGACAGCUCCUGUGAGACCCCAGGAAAUGGACCCUCCAAUAUGGUUCACCCCAACCUGGACACAUUCACUCCUGAGGAGCUGCUGCAGCAAAUGAAAGAACUCCUGGUCGAGAACCACCAGCUGAAAGAAGCCAUGAAGCUAAAUAAUCAAGCUAUGAAAGGGCGAUUUGAGGAGCUUUCUGCCUGGACAGAGAAGCAGAAGGAAGAACGCCAGUUGUUUGAGAUACAAAGCAAAGAGGCUAAGGAGCGCCUCAAGGCCCUGAGUCAUGAAAAUGAGAGGCUGAAGGAAGAGCUUGGAAAACUAAAAGAGAAAUCAGAAAGGCCAUUUGAAGACAUCACAGGUAGAUGCGGGUUUCCCAGAACCGACUUGGAGCAGGAAGUGGAGCAACUGAAGAGGCAGGUGGAGCAGGAAGUGGAGCAUCUGAAGAACCAGGUGAGGCGCCUUCAGGCUGAGAAAGCGGACCUGCUGGGCAUCGUCUCAGAACUGCAGCUCAAGCUCAACUCCAGCGGCUCCUCAGAAGACUCCUUCGUGGAGAUCAGGAUGACUGAAGGAGAGGCGGAAGGGGCAAUGAAGGAGAUGAGGAACAGCGCUGGACCCACAAGGACAGACUCCAUCAGCAUGGGCAAAUGUACAGAGGACGCCAGGACUUGUGUGGAGUUUGAGGAACUGACUGUGAGCCAACUCCUGCUUUGCCUCAGGGAAGGAAACCAAAAGGUGGAGAGACUCGAGAUCGCGCUCAGAGAAGCCAAAGAAAGAAUUUCAGAUUUUGAAAAGAAAGCAAACGGCCAUUCUGCGAUUGAGACCCAGACAGAGGGGAGCACACAAAAAGAAGAGGAGGACAAAGACCCAGAGAGUGUGGGAAUCGAAGUGGAAACUCUGAAUGUUCAAGUGGCCUCUCUGUUUAAGGAGCUUCAAGAGGCGCACACAAAGCUCAGUGAGGCCGAGCUGAUGAAGAAGAGACUUCAAGAAAAGUGUCAGGCUCUGGAAAGGAAGAACUCUGCAACCCCAUCGGAGCUGAAUGAAAAGCAAGAGCUCGUUUACAGUAACAGGAAGUUAGAGCUGCAGGUGGAGAGCAUGCGCUCGGAAAUCAAGAUGGAGCAGGCCAAGACAGAGGAGGAGAAAUCCAGGUUAGCCACUCUUCAGGCAACACACGACAAGCUUCUUCAGGAACACAAUAAAGCUCUGAGAACAAUUGAAGAACUAACCAAACAACAGGCAGAAAAAGUGGACAAGGUGCAGCUGCAGGAGCUCAGCGAGAAGCUGGAGCUGGCGGAGCAGGCUCUGGCGUCCAAGCAGCUCCAGAUGGAUGAGAUGAAGCAGACCAUCGCCAAGCAGGAGGAGGACCUGGAGACCAUGGCCGUCCUCAGGGCUCAGAUGGAGGUGUACUGUUCAGAUUUCCAUGCUGAGAGGGCAGCAAGGGAGAAGAUCCAUGAGGAAAAGGAGCAGCUGGCCUUGCAGCUCGCCAUUUUGCUGAAAGAGAACAAUGACUUUGAAGAUGGAGGCAGGUGUGGGUGUGGACGCUUGCCACAAUCUGUGUACGGAGAUCACAGGACAGGAGUCAGUUCCCUGCCACAGUCUGUGUACGGAGAUCACAGGACAGGAGUCAGUUCCCUGCCACAGUCUGUGUAUGGAGAUCACAGGACAGGAGUCAGUUCCCUGCCACACUCUGUGUAUGGAGAUCACAGGACAGGAGUCAGUUCCCUGCCACACUCUGUGUAUGGAGAUCACAGGACAGGUAGGCAGUCCUUGAUGGAAAUGCAGUGCCGGCAUGGGGCGAGAACCAGCGACUCUGACCAGCAGGCUUACCUGUUUCAAAGAGGAGCCGAGGACAUGAGCUGGCAGCAUGGGCAGCAGCCCCGGAGUAUUCCCAUUCACUCGUGCCCCAAGUGUGGGGAGGUCCUGCCGGACAUUGACACGCUUCAGAUACAUGUGAUGGACUGUAUCAUCUGAGGGCCCUCCACUCCCCAAAGCUGUUGGUAAACGCCAGAUUUCUGCUCCAACACUUGUACUUCUGUCUUCUUUGUUGUCACGCAAAUAUUUUUGCCACAUUAUCCUAAUCUCUGGAGAAAGGAAGUGUACCCCUCCUAAGGAGAGCAUCUUCUGGACUGACAGGAAGUCACAACGAAGAAUCUAAUUAGUGCCCUUCCAGUAAGAUAGCCAGUGUUUUUAUGUUCUGCUCAUGAGAGUCUCUGAGAGCAGUCAGCCAGAAUGGGACACCAAGUGACCAAGCUCACGAAUGACAUGGGAGAAAUUCACUGACAUGUGGUUGAGAACCUGUGAGAGACAGGAAAUUGAAAUGGUCGGGAAUCAUGACUGCAGUGUUUUUCUAGGUAAAUCUUCACCUAGCAGGAUCUUGUUGUUCUGUGUGUAAUUAUGUGGAAAUUACGUGUGGUUCUUUCUGACUGAACACGGUGGUAUCUGUUGAUCCCGGGACAGGUGAGAAUGGGGAAUGCAGCUCAGGCCCAGGGUACUUCCCUAAGCUGUUCAGUGUGGCGUUACCGUCAGCCUCUCUGUGUACUGGAGGUGUACAGGGUUUAUUUUUAAAAGAACAGCUAUUUUCUUUGCAGGUGAGGUAGCAGCUUACAGAUCUCAGUUAUUACAAAGUAAACUUUUGUGACAUAUCUGUCCCACUGCUCAUAUGUGACCAGCAACACUGUAAUGUGUCUAUUCUGCAUUGAGCUCACUAGACUUGAUUUGGUCAUGAGAAGUAGGAGCAGAUCCUUUUAAAGGAGGGCCAGUGCAUGUCUGAAUAGAUUCCCGAUAAAAAAGUACAGAGAGCCAAGCAUGCUGGUGCAGGGCACACCCGCAUGGGAGACCGAGGCAGCAGAUCCCCCAGCUCAUGACCAGACACGUCUACACAUAAUAAAUGGGGAUUUGCCAUAUUUUGUGUUAAAAAUGUUAGCAAGAACUAAACAAAUCCAAAAGUAAACAGCAUUGAGUCCUAAAACAUUUGAGAAGUCUUGUGUUUAGCACAGGACCUCUGGUUAAAUACACACAGACGUGUAUGUAAACAAAAUCAGAAUAGUUCAUUCAUCUCAAAGGAACAUAGUGUUCAGAUAAGUUAUCUUCACCUGAACAGUUACCCCUCCAAGACAGUAGAACACUGCACUGUGCAUCAGUCAUUAGAUCCCCUCAGACCCUAGAAGCCAUUAGAUUAGAUUCCUCCUCAGACCCUAGGAGCCAUUAGAUUAGACCCCCCUCAGACCCUAGGAGCCAUUAGAUUAGAUCCCCUCAGACCCUAGGAGCCAUUAGAUUAGAUCCCCUCAGACCCUAGGAGCCAUUAGAUUAGAUCCCCUCAGACCCUAGGAGCCAUUAGAUUAGAUCCCCCUCAGACCCUAGGGACAAUAUUCGAUAGUGACAUUUCUAAAAUUACAUUUUUCCUUUUCUUAUUCUUUCUAGUAUAAAUUUCUUUAUAUUUUAUACUGGAUAAAGUAGGUUUCUAUAGUACCCCAGACACAGGAGGAAACCAGUUUCACAAUGAAGUUACUGGGGAAAUCCUUUUUACUUUGUUCAAGUAUAAUUAUCUGAUAAAUCUAAACUGUGAAUUGAAAACCCAAAUGGUCUUAGUAAUGCUAUGACCAAAGCAUUUGUUUGAUCAUGAAGAAGAUUACAGAUGAAGGCAUGUUCAGACUAAGAUUGUUGGAGAGAGAUCAGUGUACAGCAUCUUCCACAGCAGCUAGGAUACAGGGCAGCCUAGGCAUCCAUUGCUGGAGUUUGGAUAGGGAAAACACAGUACACAGAUAAAGUGAAACAGUAUCCAGCCUUGGGAAAGAAGGGGAUUCUAUCACUUGAUAACAUAGAUGGACCUGGAGAGGACAUCAUGUCAAGUGAAGUAAGCCAGGCACGAAUAUCACAUGAUGUCACUUACAUGUGGACCCUGAAGAAACAUAGUUCAUAGAUAUUGAGAGCUGAAUAGUGGUUUGCAGGACAGGAGGGAAGGUGUGGGAAGGGUGAGAUGUUGCUCAAAGGUACGAAGUCUCAGGAGGGAUAAACUGUAGUGAUCUACUGUACAGAAGAGUGACUGUAAUAAUUUGUAUAUUAAGGCUAUAUCCCCAGUUUAGUAAACAACUUGUAAACCCUC